UCUGAGUAACAUGGCCGCUGCCCCUUGAGCCCGGCAGGUGCUGGCUGGGAGCGGGUCUCGUGAGCUGUUUGGCGGCCAGGGGCAGGUGUACGGAGACUGGGUCCAGGCCCGCGUUCCGAGGCGGCGCGCGGCGGCGGAGCGAGACAGGCGGCCCGGGGCGGCGUGGUCCAUGAGCCGGCGCCGGAGGCAGCGCGGAGCCGCAGACUCCCCUAGCCCCGGCGCGGCCCGGGCUGCCGCGGGCUGAGGAGUCGCGGGGCUCCGGGGAUCGCCCCGAGCUGCCACCAUGAACCCCGAGAAGGAUUUCGCGCCGCUCACGCCCAACAUCGUGCGCGCCCUCAAUGACAAGCUCUACGAAAAGCGGAAGGUGGCAGCACUGGAGAUCGAGAAGCUGGUCCGGGAGUUCGUGGCCCAGAACAACACCGUGCAGAUCAAGCAUGUGAUCCAGACGCUGUCUCAGGAGUUUGCCCUGUCCCAGCACCCGCACAGCCGGAAAGGAGGCCUCAUCGGCCUGGCCGCCUGCUCCAUCGCGCUGGGCAAGGACUCGGGGCUCUACCUGAAGGAGUUGAUCGAGCCAGUGCUGACCUGCUUCAAUGAUGCUGACAGCAGACUGCGCUACUACGCGUGUGAGGCCCUCUACAACAUCGUCAAGGUGGCCCGAGGCGCUGUGCUGCCCCACUUCAAUGUGCUCUUUGACGGGCUGAGCAAGUUGGCUGCUGACCCAGACCCCAAUGUGAAGAGCGGCUCUGAGCUCCUAGACCGCCUCUUAAAGGACAUCGUGACGGAGAGCAACAAGUUCGACCUGGUGGGCUUCAUCCCCUUGUUGCGGGAGAGGAUUUAUUCCAACAACCAGUACGCCCGGCAGUUCAUCAUCUCCUGGAUCCUGGUUCUGGAGUCCGUGCCAGACAUUAACCUGCUGGAUUAUUUGCCGGAGAUCCUGGAUGGACUCUUCCAGAUCCUGGGCGACAACGGCAAAGAGAUUCGGAAAAUGUGUGAGGUGGUCCUUGGAGAAUUCUUGAAGGAAAUUAAAAAGAACCCCUCCAGUGUUAAGUUUGCUGAGAUGGCCAACAUCCUGGUGAUCCACUGCCAGACCACGGACGACCUGAUCCAGCUGACAGCCAUGUGCUGGCUGCGGGAGUUCAUCCAGCUGGCCGGCCGGGUGAUGCUGCCCUACUCUUCUGGGAUCCUGACCGCUGUCUUGCCCUGCCUGGCCUAUGAUGACCGCAAGAAGAGCAUCAAGGAGGUGGCCAACGUGUGCAACCAGAGCCUGAUGAAGCUGGUCACCCCCGAGGACGACGAGCCCGACGAGCCAAAGCCAGUGGUUCAGAAGCAGGCAGAACCCAACCCUGAUGACUCCUUGGCAAAGCAGGAGGGAACAGCCAGUGGAGGGCCCGAUGGUUCUUGUGACUCCACCUUCAGUAGCGGCAUCAGUGUCUUCACUCCAGCCGGCACUGAGAGGGCCCCGGUCACCCUCCACCUCGACGGGAUUGUGCAGGUGCUGAACUGCCGCCUCAGCGACAUGGCCAUCGGGAUGAUGACCAGGAUCGCUGUCCUCAAGUGGCUCUACCACCUCUACAUCAAGACCCCCCGCAAGAUGUUCCGGCACACGGACAGCCUCUUCCCUAUCCUACUCCAGACGCUAUCAGAUGAAUCCGACGAGGUUAUUCUGAAGGAUCUGGAGGUAUUGGCAGAAAUUGCUUCCUCCCCCGCAGGCCAGAUGGAUGACCCAGGCCCCCUCGAUGGCCCUGACCUCCAGGUCAGCCACUCAGAGCUCCAGGUGCCCACCCCUGGCAGAGCUGGCCUACUGAAGACUCCUGGUACCAAAGGCUUGGAGUGUUCUCCUUCGACUCCGACCAUGAACUCCUACUUUUACAAGUUCAUGAUCAACCUUCUCAAGAGGUUCAGCAGUGAACGGAAGCUUCUGGAGGUCAGAGGCGGCUUCAUCAUCAGGCAGCUCUGCCUCCUGCUGAACGCGGAGAACAUCUUCCACUCGAUGGCGGACAUCCUGCUCCGGGAGGAGGACCUCAAGUUCGCCUCGACCAUGGUCCACACCCUCAACACCAUCCUGCUUACCUCCACUGAGCUCUUCCAGCUGCGAAACCAGCUCAAGGACCUGAAGACCCCGGAGAGCCAGAACCUGUUCUGCUGCCUAUACCGCUCCUGGUGCCACAACCCAGUCACCACGGUGUCCCUCUGCUUCCUCACCCAGAACUACCAGCAUGCCUACGACCUCAUCCAGAAGUUGUAUCCUUCACUCACUGUUCUUCCAGCCCAGCCUCUGAGGGACAGCCACCGGCGUGACCCGAGGACUGCAGGCCCCAGGCUUGCAGCAGCCCUGACCUUGGCCCUGCUGACAGGCAUCCACUCAGAUCUGCGCCUGCAGCUGCUGGACGUGAAGAACAACCCGUACCUGAUCAAGGCCCUGUACGGCCUGCUCAUGCUACUGCCCCAGAGCAGCGCCUUCCAGCUGCUCUCCCACCGGCUCCAGUGCGUGCCCAACCCCGAGCUGCUGCAGACAGGAGACGGUCUGAAGGCAGCCCCCAAGUCGCAGAAAGCAGACUCCCCGAGCAUCGACUACGCCGAGCUGCUGCAGCACUUUGAAAGGGUCCAGAAGAAGCACCUGGAAGUGAGGCACCAGCGGAGUGGGCGUGGGGAUCACCUGGACCGGAGGGUUGUCCUCUGAUAGGCCUGGCCUGGAGAAGGGCCCAAGCAGUGGUCCCAUGGAGCACUUGGGGUCUUCAGGCCCCCUCCCCACAGAGCUCGAGGACCUGCCUCAGGGGCAGGGCUGGGCCUGGCCACCAGCGCAGGGCAGGGUCGGGGGCUGGAAGCUCUGUCCACCCAAGCUCCUCUCACAGGCCCUCCAGCGCAGUCAGCUGCACUCUGGCAUUCAGACGGAGCUGGCUUCCCGCCAGGGUGAGGCCGCAGCCUCAGACGCCCCCGUUUUCUGGAAUCGGGUUCUUUCUAAUGCCCUCUUGUAAAAGAGCUUGACCUCCCCAGCGCACCAGAGCUCUGGCCUCGUGCGGAUGUGUGUGUACAUAUGUGUAUACACAUCUGUGCACAUAGGGACCAGCACAGAGGUCCAUAUGAAUGGUGCACCCUCUGCCCCAAUAAAGAAACGCAACCCGUGCCUGGCCUGCUCCUUCCCACUGAUGCCU